UCGCGGGGCUGCGCCAUGUCCGGGACCCCUGUCCUGCUCCUGCUGCUCGCCCACUGCACAGGCUGUGGACUUCACCUGCUGCUGCAUCAGCCGCCGACCGCGUCCGCCUUCCUCGGAACCACAGUCCGCCUCACCUGCACCCUGAGCAGCGACCACAACAUCGGCGUUUACAGCGUCUUCUGGUACCAGCAGCGGCCGGGCCACCCUCCGAGGUUCCUGCUGAGAUACUUCUCCCACUCAGACAAGAACUGGGGCCCCAAGGUCCCCCCUCGCUUCUCUGGAUUCAAAGACGUAGCCAGGAACAGGGGGUACUUGAGCAUCUCUGAGCUGCAGCCUGAGGACGAGAGUGAUUAUUAUUGCUGUAGAAUUCUGGUAAAUUCACUGUGGUAUGUCUUCGGCGGCGGGACCCAGCUCACCGUCCUAGGUGGGCCCAAGGCCGCCCCCUCGGUCAGUCUGUUCCCACCCUCCUCUGAGGAGCUCCAAGCCAACAAGGCCACACUGGUGUGUCUGGUCAGCGACUUCUACCCGGGCGCCGUCACCGUGGCCUGGAAGGCAGACGGCAGCCCCGUCACCCAGGGCGUGGAGACCACCGAGGCCUCGAAACAGAGCAACAACAAGUACGCGGCCAGCAGCUACCUGAGCCUGUCAGCCGCCCAGUGGAAAGCUCGCAGCAAGUACAGCUGCCAGGUCACGCACGAAGGCAGCACCGUGGAGAAGUCAGUGUCCCCUGCAGAGUGUGCCUAGGCCCCGGCCCCCACCCCACCCUCGGGGCUGGAGCUGCAGGAGCCCAGGGAGGGG